AGAGAUGGAGAGAUGACCGGCUAAGCCAGUAACCAGUGUAGGGAAAAAAAAAACAAAACUCACAUAUCACUUCACGCCACCAAUUUCUAGAAGAAAAGAAGAGUUUGAUGCGUUGUGGGAGAAAUCCAAAUUCGGAGGAGCACUCAGCCGUUUUGUUGACUACACGCACUGUGUCUUCCGCAUUCACUUGCUGAAGAGGAAGUUGGGGAGCACAGUUCGCGUUGUUGUGCGUUGCGGCGCUAUUUGAAAAAGCUGUGAUCCUUCCCAGUUUUUGGAGUUUUGAGGAGCUCUGAUAACUUUCCAAAUUCUGUUGAUUUUGUUUGCUUCAGCGCUAACAAAAAAUUGUCGUUAAUGGGUGUAUUUGGCGUCGGUUACUGGAUUGGCAUUGUUUUGUUAUUGGAAGUGUGUUUUGGUGCGGAACCGUUUGCAAACUUUGAAUUGGAAUUCAAUUAUAUUACUGCUUCGCCGCUGGGAGUUCCUCAACAGAUAAUAGCUGUGAAUGGGAAGUUUCCAGGUCCUGUUGUUAACGUCACAACGAAUGAUGAUGUUUUGGUAAACGUCAAGAACAAGUUGAAUGAAGAUCUCCUCGUAACAUGGCCUGGAAUCCAGAUGCGACGGAGUUCAUGGCAAGAUGGUGUUAAGGGCACAAACUGCCCCAUCCCUUCAAAUUGGAACUGGACAUAUCAGUUUCAGGUCAAGGAUCAAAUUGGCAGCUUCUUUUACUUUCCAUCUCUGCACUUGCAAAGAGCCUCUGGCGGAUUUGGCCCUUUUGUCAUAAUGAACCGUGAUAUUAUUCCCAUUCCUUUCGACACUCCUGAUGGAGAUAUAGUCAUAAUGAUCGGUGAUUGGUACACUCGCAACCACACGGCUCUCUGGCAGGCCCUCGAUGAUGGGAAAGAGUUAGGCAUACCAGAUGGAGUUCUUAUUAAUGGAAAGGGGCCGUACAGAUACAACACAUCUCUUGUUCCUGAUUCCAUUGAGUAUGAGACUAUAAAUGUCAAGCCUGGAAAGACUUAUCGCAUUCAAGUGCACAAUAUUGGAGUGUCCACUUCUUUGAAUUUUCGGAUCCAGAAUCAUAAAUUGCGACUAGUCGAAACAGAGGGCUAUUACACAUCUCAGCAGAACUAUACCAGCUUGGAUAUUCAUGUGGGGCAGUCUUACACCUUUCUUGUUACCAUGGAUCAGAACGCGAGCAGCGACUACUACAUUGUGGCCAGUGCUAGAUUUGUGAAUGAGCUAUGGCAAAGAGUAACUGGCGUUGCGAUUCUACACUAUUCCAACUCGAAGGGGCCUGCUUCCGGUCCACUUCCUGACCCUCCAAAUGAUUUUUAUGACAAAGCUUAUUCAAUGAACCAGGCACUCUCCAUCAGGCAAAACACAACUGCUAGCGGAGCACGUCCUAACCCACAGGGCUCCUUCCAUUAUGGCUCCAUCAAUGUCACGGAUGUGUACAUCCUCAGGAGUUCCCAGCCAAAGCUGGUCGAUGGAAAGCUACUAGCCGCGUACAAUGGUAUCUCAUUUGUCAAUCCUGAUACUCCAAUUAGGCUAUCUGAUGUCUACAAAGUGAAGGGCGACUACAAGCUUGAUUUUCCAACAAUGCCGCGAGACGGAGCACCAAUCGUGGACAGGUCUAUUAUCAAUGGAACAUACAAAGGAUUUGUAGAGAUCAUACUGCAGAAUAACGACACGGUUUUGCAGACAUUUCACCUUGAUGGCUAUUCAUUCUUUGUUGUUGGAAUGGGAUUAGAGGAAUGGACCGAAAGCCACAGAGAUUCAUACAACAAAUGGGAUGCAAUAUCGCGCUCCACUGUUCAGAUUUUUCCCGGCGGAUGGACUGCAGUUUAUGUCUAUUUCGACAAUGUUGGAGCAUGGAAUCUCAGAUCAGGGAGCCUUGACAGGUGGUAUCUUGGUCAGGAAACGUAUGUUAGAAUCACCAAUCCUGACGAUCCUUUCAACAAAACCGAAUUGCCGGUGCCCGAAAAUGCUCUCUAUUGUGGUGCGCUAAGCCACUUGCAAAAGCCUCAGAAAAAUUCCUCGUGGACAACUCUGCAUGUGCAAUCUCAGCUCUAUGCUGUUCUUCUAAUGGUAUUCUCUUCUCUGAUUGCCAUUUUUAGCUGAAUUCCCUUCCUCUUCCUCUUUC